AUGGGGCCGCGGGGGGGCACGAAGCUCGGCGCCAAGUGGCAGCUCGACGCCGCGCUCCUGAGCCGGCCCGUGGACCUCACGGCGCUGGUGUCGCUGUCGCAGACGAGCCCCGACGACUUCUUCCACGACGACACGCUGUCGCGCAUGGUCAAGCUGCUGCUCAACGCCGUCGACGACACGCGGAGCGACAAGGACACGCGGCUGGACGUGCUGACGGUGCUGAGCAACCUCGCGGGCGCGGUGUCGGAGGACGACCGGCUCGAGCAGAUCAAGAUGGCGCUCGACGGCAUCAACGAGUGGUUCGACGAGUACAUGGCGCGCGAGGAGGCGCGCAUCGCCGAGGGCACGACGGCGACGGAGGUCGAGCCGGAGCUCCACAAGCUCAUGCUGCUGCUCCUCGCGCGGCUCUACGGCUACAAGCUCAAGACCGAGGACCUGCUCGAGCUCGUGCGGAGCGACAAGAUCCUGGGGCUGGAGACGGUCGUCGGGCUGCUGGAGGACGGCGAGACCUACACGACGGAGCUCCACCGCAAGCAGGCGCCGAGCCUCGGGCGCAUGGGCCAGUGGGAGCACAAGCUCGUGUGCCACCGCCACGAGAAGCCGCUCAUCCUCCAGCUCUGCCGCCUGCUGCGGGGCUUCACGCUGCCCCAGUCCUACUUCGGGACGGCGUCCGACGGCGCGGAGAUCUCGGAGCACGACGUCAACGAGUUCACGAACGAGAUGAACCUCCUGCUGGACAUCACGAUCAAGAGCCGCCUCGUCGAGAAGCUCGCGCUCGCGUGCCACGAGUGCCUCUUCGCGCCCUUCGACGGGAACCCCGACGAGGGCCCGCGGAGCCCGAGCGAGCCGAGCGAGGCGUCGACGUCUCUCGUGGACGACGACCACAAGUCCAUCGCGUGCGUCCACAGCUUUUUGCAGAACAUGUAUUUCUACGCGACGAACCGGACCCUGGACUACCGCCAGCACCUCCUCGCGGACACGCUGCUCAUCCCGCGGCUGGUGCUGCCCUACCUCGACCGGUCCGUGCAGCGCGCGUCGCAGCUGAACGCGCGCGCGGAGGCCUACCGCAAGGCGCUGGAGCUGGGCGACGACGACGGCGACGCGGAUCGCGGCGCGGACGACGACGAGCGGCGGCGCCUCCGGGCGCGGCGCGAGGCGGCGGCGCGGCGGGACGCCGGCGGCGUCCUCGAGUGCCCGCCCCUCGUCGCCGGCAUCUCGGCGAGCCUGCGGACGCUGGUCAUCGCGUCGUUCCGCGCGCCGCCGACGCGGUUCAUGCUCGAGCUCCUGCGGCGCCUGAACCCGACGGAGAGCCUGCUGCGCGCGUCGGCCUUCGUCGCGCGCCACGAGUACAUCUUCGCGUUGCUCUGCCUGCUGAACGUGAACAUGGGCGCGCUGGACCUGGCCGCGCGGGGCGACGCGGACGCCGGCGACGACUCGGGCGACUUCGACGCGGGCGCCAAGGGCGACGGCGGCGACUACCGGCGCGCCGUCGACGCCCAGCGCGCCGUCGCCGCCCACGCCCUGCUCCACACGCUCGCCAAGGUCCACGGGGCCAUGUCGCCGGACGCGCGGCAGCGCGUGCUCCAGACCGUGACGUCGUCGGGCGCGCUGCCCGUGUCGCGCGACACGCCGUCGUUCGCCGCGGUCAUGAACGUGCUCCUCGGCGGCGCCUCCGACGGCCAGCGCGACUACGUCCUCGGGUCCAGCGCCAGCGACGACGCGUCCGCCGCGUCCGAGUCCGCCGACGACUUCCGGUCCGCGCGCGCGGACGCCAAGGCCGAGGCCAAGGACCGCGAGGCGGCGCGCGACGCCAAGGGGCUCCCGUCGCCGACGGCCGCGGACGCCAAGGCGACGAAGAAGCCGUCGCUCCUCGGCGACCUGCCGUCCUUCGACCGGCCGCCGGCGCGCGGCGGCCGCCCGGAGGACGACGCGCCGAACGCGUCGCCCGUGCGGCUCAACCUCGCGCUGCCCGGCGCGAACCGCGAGAAGCACGCGACGUGGAUGAAGCCGCCGCCGGGCGGCCCGCGGGGCUCGGCGAAGCCCGACGCGGAGGUGCCCGCGGAGUUCGCGUGCGCCAUCAACGGCCACCUCCUCAAGGAGCCCGCGCGGUCGCCCUACGGCCACGUCUUCGAGAAGUCGACGAUCACGCUCUGGCUCGAGACGCGGGGCUCCGUCUGCCCCAUCACGGGCAAGGAGCUCAACGUCGAGGACCUCGAGGACGACGCGGCGCUCCACACGCGGCUCAUCAAGUGGCACAUCGGCCGCAUGCAGCAGACCAUGGAGACGUCCGUCGCCGACGACCAGGGGCGGGCGCCGCUCCUGGGCGAGACGAAGCGGCGGGCCUACCUCGGCGGUCCCGCGCUCUGGAGCAGCGACGCGAGCGUGGCCCCCGAGGGCGCCGGCGACGGCUCGCGGCGCGUCGCGCCGGAGGACGGGGGCCUGAAGCGCGCCCGCGACGGCCGCGUCGCGCCGGACCUGCUCGUCGACGAGACGUCGGGCCGGAGCGAGGCGCCGCGGCGGCGCACGUGGGGGUUCCGCCAGUUCGCCAGCGCGCGGAACCGGCGCGUCGCGCCCGGCGCGGACGAGGUCGUCGACGAGGACGUCCGGCUGCGCCAGCUCUGCGACGCCUGGGUCGAGCGGCUGGCGACGCACGGCCGGCGGAACCACUGGUUCGAGCGCGCCUGGCUCGUCCUGGACCGGCUCCAGGGCCUGGGCCUCGUCUGGGAGAUGGCGCAGGCCUGGCCCUGGCCCGCGAUCUGGCUCGACUGGACGCGGCACAUCGCCUGGGCGAACCUGGACGUGCCCGCGACGGGCAAGCACGGCGCGGGCCUCGGGUCGACGGGCGAGCUCGGCCGGUCCGUGCACGGCGAGACCGACGGGUUCCUCGAGAGGUUCGCGGCGCCGAUGGUCCUCGCCGCGGCCCUCUGCGUCGCGUGCGACGUCGCGCUCCGGAGCGCCCGCGUGCGCCAGCGCUGCGGCGCCGCCGACGCGGCGAGCGAGCUGCGGCCCUACGACGCGGACGCGCCGCGGUCGUGGACGACCGCGCGCGUCUGGGCCGCGGGCGUCGCGACGCGGCUGUCCAUGGUGCUCUACGGGCCGCUGGGCCUCGUCGUCGCGCGCCUCUUCCACUGCGAGCGGGGCUUCAACGGGCCGUCGGCGCGGUCCGCGGCCUGGCGCGCCUACGCGAGCGACGGCGGGAACCAGCGGCUCGCCGCGGACCCGGCCGUCGGCUGCUUCUCGAACGAGCUCCUGGCUUUUCGCACGCUGCUCGCGCCCGUCGGCGCGCUGUGCCUCGUCGCCGUGCCGUGGCUCGCCAUGCGACGCGCCGUCGGCGCCUGCGCCUACGCGUCGCCGACGGACCACGAGAAGACGCUCCAGCGCCACGAGAUCGAGCACGUGUUGGGCGUCGACGGCGGCGACGCGGGCGCGCUCUGCGACGACCGGUCCUACGAGGUGCUCGGCACCAUCGCCGCGGACCGCGCCGCGGACCGGGGCGCGACGGGGCGCCGCGACUCGGACUGGGACUUCGCGGAGGUCUGGCUCGUGGCGCCGUACAAGCGCCACGCGGCGACGCGGGAGGCGCGCAUGCUCCUGCGCAAGCUCGGCCUGCUCUGCUGCUACGCCUGGCUGCGCGGCGAGCACCGGGCCCAGGGCGUCGCGGUCUUGGCCGUCGAGGCCUACUUCGGCCUGCCGCAGGUCAUCCGGCGGCCGUUCCGCGACGCGCGGUCGAACGAGGCGUGCAUCAUCCUCGAGCUCGCGGCGCUGACGAACGCGGUCUACGCGAUGAUGACGGCCUGGGGCCUGCGCAGCGCCGUCGUCAUGGACAAGGAGCAGUCCAUCGCGCUCAUCGCGGUGAACGGGCUGGCCGCGGUGCUCGUGCUCGGCGUCUUCUGCGCGGCGUACCGCGGCGGCGACGCGCUGCCCCGGGCCGCGACGGCCGUGGACCGCGCGCGGUCCGCCCACGGCGCGACGUGCCUCGUGGACUGGGUCACGGUGAGCCGCCAGGCGCGCGCCGCCGCCGUCAAGGCGUCGGCCUGGCGGCCGCGGUGCCUCGCGCCGACGCACGUGCUCGAGCGGCGCAUGGACGACGCGCGGCGCGCGUGGGUCGAGGCGAAGCGGCGCAACUGCUUGUUGGAGGGGACCGUGCGCGAGUCGCUGGACGCCCUCGUGCGGGCGCACCAGGUCUGCGCGGAGACGACGAUGUGCGUCGGCGGCAAGUGGUUCGCGGAGGACGGCGACCCCUUCUCGCGCGCGGCGUCCGCGCUGAAGACGCGGUCCGAGGAGAAGGUGCUGAUGAAGCCGCGGAAGCGGGCGCUGUUGUUGAAGCUCCUGGCGCUGCGCUACUUCCAGCAGGCGCGGGACCGGAAGAAGGGCUCCGCGGCCGCGGGCCUCGCGGCGUACUUUCGCGCGCCGCCGCGGGCCGACGGCGCGCGGACGGCGGCGCCGCGCGCGGCCGCGGGCGACGCCGAGGCGCCGGAGGGCGACGCCGAGGCGCCGGGGGGCGACGCCGAGGCGCCGAAGCCGCGCCUCGUGCACCAGGACACGCCCGCGCCCGGCGCGCUCGGCAGGACGGCCGGCGGCGACACUUGCGGCGACGGGCCGCCGCCGGCGUCGCCCGCGCGCGCGGACCAGGUCGUCCCGGCGCUCAACUUCUCGCCGUCGCCGCGCGGCGACCUCGGCGACGUGCCCGAGGAGGGCAGCUACCACGAGCCGGACUCGAGCGAAGAGGACCUGAGCCCGCUCGUGAGUCCCAACGCGCAGACCCACGGGCUCCUAAGUUGA